CAUAGCGCUGUCAUUCAAAUUUAGACUCUUGCCGCUUAACAUAGACUCGGUAAUAACUACACUAACUUGUCAGAGUUACUCAGUUACCCAAACAGAAAGGCUUCCGAGGCCCAAAACUGCUUGACAUACCAGUAAUCCUUUGAAUGAACUCUAGCUGAAUUUGGAGAUACCUGGAGCAGCCAGAAAUCACAGAAUCAGUCUUGACCAGCUCAAGCGCAACCUUGAAUAGCAGAUGCAGACUCAAGACCUUGCUCCAGACUUUUUAAACAUUCUGCUGUCUGGUUUAUUGUGUUUACAGCUGUCUUCUCCCUUAAUCUUCCCACUCCCCACCCCCAAGCCUCUAGAAACUCUAUCAUCUCACACUUUUUCUACUCCCCUUUGAACAUCUGAAAACUCUGUCUCUCUGUCUCUCUGUCACUGUCUUUGUCUCUCUUCCCCUUCCUUCCUUGCAAGCUUUUCUCAGAUGAUAAACGCUUUGUAAUCUGUGAUCAGGCUCUGUUUCAUUUAGGGUCCCUUUUGGGGCCUGAGGUCUUCCUUUAACACAUCACCUCACUUUGAAAUAGGGUUUGGAGUGGUCCGCCAGCCUCCAGCUUCAUCUCCAACCCAGGUAUUCCAUAGAUGCUAGAAUAAAUUGCCUAAAACAGAGAUUUGAUGAAGAGACUUUCCUACUUACUAUUCUUCAAUGUUUUCCAGUGACAUAAAAAUGAAAACUUCUUAGUCUGGCAUUGAAGCCUCUCCAUUAUCCAGCUACCUUUCUAAUUCUUAUUUCACUUGUACCCUCUUUCCUUCACUCUACAUUCCAGCCAUCCUGGAGCACGAAACCGUUUCCCAAAUUUCAGCUGCCGUCUGUCUCCCUCCUCAGUGCCUUCUCCCGAGAGGUCUCCUUAUGAACCUCUGCUUUCAGGCUCCUAGAGAUUUCCUCAUAAAAGCGUAGCUCAGGUUCCGGUUGCUCCGUUUUUCCUUUCUCUGAUGACAGGAAGCGAGAUCAUCCUAUUCUCUCCAAAUACUCCUGGAGCACUUUAUCUGUUUCCUUGCCCCAUCACGACCGAAACUGUUUUAGAUGUUUCUCCAUUUUUCCUUUAGAAUGUGAACUCCUCGAGGUCAAGGUCUUCCUCGUUUAUAUAUCCCCAGCCUUGCAAAAGGAGGGUUCUUGGUAAAUGCCUGUUGAAUUGCCUUUAAAAAUAUGCACUUAAUAAUAAUUAUAAUAAAUUAGCCAAAUAGCCUCGUUGCUCUCUCUCUUUUCCCUACAGAUUAGACCUAUUAUUAUCCUACUCAGUUUGGUCUCAGCCUCUCUGUCCCCUCUAAAUGUGACUUCCCUUCUCUUCAUUCCCUAGGACAGCUAUGAGCUAAGCUUCAGUGGCCCCCACCAGCUGAACUUACUUUCUCACUGGACUCACCAGAGAUUUUCCCCCACAUCUCCCCGCCUCCCCCCCUUUUCUGUCCUCCGGAGCUCUCACACAGGGGAACAAGGAGGAGGAGAAGUUCCUUCCUUCCCCUCGCUUUCUGCGGCUUUUCUCUUCUCCUCCGGGCCACUUCUGCUCGUCUGUGGGGCCUUCUCCUCCCUCCUCACUGGCUCUUGGCUUCCUAAUAGUUAACUCCCGAAAACUGGAGAAGAGUUCAACAAGACAGCUUUUGUCCUGGCGCUGGAGCGCAGGCAUGUCGCCCUCUGUUUUUCUCUGCGGUCUUUGCCUACGGUGUGGAGCCUGUCUAAGGCUGCAGAGCCAUCUAGGACCCCCUGGUAGUCUCCUUAGGUGUGUAGGAGAGUGGCCUGCUCGGGGCCAGAGACAAGGCGCUUUUGUGUGGGUCCUAGAUGUGCAAUCUCAUUCUGUAGGCACAGGGUUAACUGCUUCACCCCUUGCAGGAACACCCAGCUUUGGGCACAUGGAAAGAGUCUCAUUCGGACGCAGCCAAAGUUCCCACUAUUUCGUACCUUGAGCUACUUUGCUGACGAGCAAACUUGUAUUUUUCCAAGUGAAGAAACAGAGAGUGGUUUUGAGUAAGUCUGGCUUGCUCCUUUCCCUUCAGACUUUGGGGCAAAUAACCAGCUACACAAGGCACUCCCACGGUCACUCCAGAGUCAAAAAGAAGCGGAGGAUCUUCAGAGAAGACCAAUUUUUUUUGACUGGAAUUGAAAGUGAAAGCACUGAUUCCGGAUCGCUAGACCAGUACAAAGAAUUUCCAAUCCAAGAAUUAGGUGCGUAGUCUUACUGUCUCUCGGCUUUGACUAGUUCGACUGUGAUUCCGAGUCUCCUAAAUUCCGGAUUCUUCACUGUCCAAGGGUGAAUAAGAUACAUCUUCAGAACAAGCUCCCUGCAAAGAGAACGGGAAACUCGUGGCCACGUUAGCAGUUAGGAGCCAGCCUUCCAACUUGAGAGGUGGAAAAAAGGAGAGGAGAGGAGAGGAGAAAAGAGUACUUGUUGCACAAAGAAGAGGAGGCUGCUUGAUCCCCAGGAAUGCUGAGCUCAGAUGAAUGGCUCCUAGGUUUGUCAGAAUCAGUGAAGAGACACUUCCCCGAAGCUCAGAGAUGUAAUCAACUAUUCUUUUGAGAGUGUGCUAGCAGCGAAUUAAAAUGGGGCUAAUUGAGUUAGGGUGGAACCAUAUAAAGCCUUAAAUAAGAACCAGGGCAGAAUCUUUCUUCUUGGAAACAGAGGAGCUCCAAGAACAGGGAAAGACCCAAAUCAGAGGCAUCAGAAAGAAUCAUGGCCUCAUAUUUUACUUCAAGUAUUUCAGAAGAGAUGAUAUGCUCUGUCUGCCUAGAUUUCUUCAUAAGUGCCAUGUCUAUAGAAUGUGGUCACCAUUUCUGUGAAGACUGUAUCCUCCACUACAUUUAUUCAGCUAAUGGGGGCAGUUUUAAAUGUCCUGUAUGCCGGAAAGUUUGUUUUAUCAAGAAUCUCUGGCCCAAUCAACAACUGUCAGCUGUAGCACAGUCCUUCAGACUGCUCCAGCCUCACUUAAGGAGGAGCCUGAAUCAGAAAAAAAUAAUCAAGACAAAAUUCCAUGAGGAAAUCAGUCUGGAUCCUGAAACUGCCCAUCCUGGAAUCAUCAUAUCCACAGAUAUGAAAACAAUGAGAGAAAGAGAUUCAUGGAAGGAAUUGCAUUGUACUGUGGAGAGAUCUGAUCUAUGUGGUCCGGUUCUAUCGGCUCAGAGCUUCGAGUCUGGAAGACAUUAUUGGGAGGUGACAGUGGGAAACAGUUCUGCUUGGGAUGUUGGUCUUUGUAAGAACUCUGUAAAAAGAAUUGGAGAGGUUUCACCAUCUUCUUCUAAUGGAUACUGGCUUUUGAGUCUAAGACAAAAUAACUAUAUAGUCUGUACCACACCUAGGACCAGAAUUUCCUUAAAAGAAAAACUCAACAAAGUAGGGAUCUUUUUGGAUUAUGAGGCAGGAGACAUAGUGUUUUAUGAUGCAGACAGUAGAUGCCACAUCUAUACAUUCACCAGCUCCUUUUUAGAGCCUCUCUGGCCUCUAUUUUCCAUUGGCCUCUACUCCAAGAAUGAAAAUAUUCUAACUAUCGACCCAAUAUCAGAUGAGGCUGAAGAAACCACAGAGCAUGAUAAUGAUGACAGUGAGGAUACCACUUGCUUUAUGACACUUCCUGAUACUUCCUCCAGAUGGAAAUCCCAUUCCCCAAACCACAUAUAUUCCCCAAACCACAUAUAUGAUUUUAUUGUUCCUAUGUUGUGAUGUACUUCAUUUUGGGAGCAGGGAGAAAUUUGCCUUAUUUUGUAACACUCAGACAAUGAACUCAUACUAGCGGAAGAUCAGCAUAAGACAUAUUGAUAGUCCACAGGUGAAAGACAGAAUAUGUUCAAUAAACUAUGUGAGUUUAGAAAAUUCAAGAAUGAGGAAGUUGAUUUCCAAAAGACAUGGGUAGAAGGAACAAUGACCUACCAAAGAAUCAAAAAUAAACAUAACAAAUUAUAAAGAUCAAGUGGAACCCAAAUGAAGUUAUGAAAAAGAUGCCCCCAAACUACAACUUGAUGGCAAUGGGAAGUCCACAGAUGUUACACACUACACGUUAUGGGGCUUUCUCAAUCUAUUGACUAAUUAUGCAGAUUUCUUUCUCUCUCUCUCUCUCUCUCUCUCUCUCUCUCU